AGUCGAACAGUCGCCGGAAAAUGCGUGUCUGAAGGCGGCAUUCUUACGCACAACCUCACAAUAACCGAUUAAAGAGCUAUUUCCUGGUGAGCACUGGAGCGGAACUGCCUGGGUAGGGUCACGUGACCUCUCUUAUUCCUGAGGUGUGUUUCCUCAACGAGCGAUAGACAUCCCCGCAUCAGUUGUUGACGUCUCUUUAUAACGCUACUGAUGGGAGUAGCGGAGAAUCACGUACUAGCGCGGCCGAACAGCCGGCUUGGAGAGGGGAGAGGUUCCGUCAUGGAGACAAUAUGGCUACAACGGUCGGGACCCAAUGUCCCAUGGGGGUUCCGACUUCAAGGGGGUCGAGAGUUUGGACAAUCACUGGCUAUUCAAAGGGUAACCCCCGGGAGCGUUGCUGCCAGCAGUCUAGGGUGUGGUGACGUCAUUAUGAAAAUUGCUAACGUCAACGCCAUGAACCUCUCCCACAACGAAGGCCAGGAGUUGAUCCGAGGAGCAGGCAACCUGCUGCAGCUCACUAUCAAGAAAGUUAGUGAGGCUUCAGCUGCUCCCCCAGACUCCAACUACGCCUACCACGGAAGUCAGGCCAAUGCUCAGCUCUACGACUACACACCAAAGACAAACACCUACAGCCAAUCAAAUCUCAACACGUCAGAUCCCUAUGGCAACAGAAUCUCUGCUCAACAGGGCCGAUCACCAUCCUACCCAAGUGAACCUACAAGGAGUUACUAUGACCAGGAUGUACAAGGUCAGACCUACUCUAGCUCCAGCGCCUACCCGGAUUACACUGCAGGCUAUAGGAGCGCCCCCUACGAGUCACAGAGUAGUCAGGACACAUACCAAGCUCAGUAUAAACCUGCCUAUGAAGUGGGCAGUUCAAUGUCCCUCCCGAGGGACGUAGGACAGACAUCGAGGGGGGUGUUGUCCAGUCAGUCUUCUAAUGUGCAAUCAGUGUAUGGGAGACAGAACUCUGCGCCGAGACCAUAUAGUCCCAGUUCGUAUGAGUAUACCUCCAGAGACUCGCCUGCACAGUAUUCGGAUACAUACUAUUCCGGACAGCCGUUUAGUCCGUCGUCUGCUCAGACCAGUGCUCCAAGCUAUGCGAGGUCUGUUGCUCCUUCGACUGUGUAUGAAACCAAUUCCUAUGGAAAUACGUCCUACGGCAGUUCCGAGCCGUCUUACAACCAGCACUACAAUACGUUACCGGCGUCGUUUCAGAGUCAGAGCUACGGUGCUGAGGAACCUUCGUAUCGGCAGGCUCAACCCCAGAGAGCCUACAGCAGAAGCCAGAGUCGAGAAGCUCAACCCUUCUCUCCCUACUCACAAUCAAAUGAUCAGCCAUCCUUUGAGUCGGCCUACAGGCCCAGCAGGGAGUUCCAGCCAGUGACAAGCUAUGGCCAGACUGAUGACACGCCUCAGUUUGAGUCAAGCUACCGCAGUCGCCCGGCCAGGGAGUCUCAGCCGACCUCGCCCUAUACGAGGUCGGAGCCUCCACAAUUUGUUUCUGGCUUUAACACGACUUUCUCCCCUUCUCAGUCACAAGAACCAUCCAUGGGGUAUGGAACUUCCUACUCUCCCCCACAGUCCCGCCAGGACAUGAGCUACGGCAGCUCCACCUACUCUCCGUCAGCGUCCAGACAGGAACCAGCGGAUAGUUUCGGCUCUCCCAGAAUUGCCUCAACUCCCAGGAGUCCGCCGGUAUCGUCGUUCGAUGGCUCUAAUGUGUUUAAUCCUGUUAGCCCUGCUAGAACACAAUCAGACCCCUUUGCUUCUGUAAGUGCCGAUUUGUCUGGUCUGUCAAUGUCUUCCCCUGUGUCAGAGGCUCCCCCACCUACCUGUGGCUCCCCUCCGCCUCCCCCACCUCCACCGCCGCCACCACCACCACCCCCACCACCGCUACCUACUUCCGACUGGCCAUCAAAGGCAUCUGACUACAGUUCACAGAAUAACGAUGACAGGAACAGUCAGUCUGGUGGAGGCCAGAAAAUCCCUGAUGGCGUGUUGAAUGCUAUGUCCAAACCUGGACAGGCUAAACCAUUCUCGUAUGGAAUAGAUUUGGACGAACUCAAGCUAAAGACUCAACGCAGAGCUCCCCCAGUUGCUCCCAAAAAGAAGAAGCCAGUGGAGAGCAGUCAAGGUCAAGGUCAGAAUCCCCAAAUGGCGGCCCCUUCAGGCCCCGGAACGGCAGUGUUUUCUCACGCCCAAUACAACUCCCCUUUGCACAUGUACUCCAACGACAACGUGGCGGAGUCGUUCAAGGGGCAGUCUGGUGGGGUCAUCACAGGAGUUGGCGGACUCCCCAACAAGCCAAAGAAGGAGUUCAGCGACUCCCCAACGUACCGGUUCCUCCAGGAGAACGAGGGCCGCAAGCAGCCUGAGCCAGUGCAGUAUGAGGAGACUCCAGUCAGGUUCAACGUGGGUUCCAACCCGAACAAACAGUCCAAGUCCUUCAAGGUGCUGCAGUGGAUGACUGAUACAGAGAAGGAUGAACAGGGGCCAGUAGAAGAAGACAAGCCUAGACGACAGAGGAACCCGUUGUUGCGCCACAAUUCUGAAGAUGAUGAAAUGAGGUUUUCAGGACUCAACAACGAGACCGACAUACCGUCACGGUCCUUCCAGAAGCUCCAUAAGUAUGCUACCAAAAACGGUACUGACAGUCAAGGCGGAAGUGAAGAGGACCAAUCAGUUACAGAGCAGCAACCAGAACGAGUGGGCAACUAUGACGAGACUUCUAUACGAUACAAAGGAAAACACAUUCCUUCUCCCUCCUUCCGCGUUCUUAAAUCAUGGGCUGAGCUCGAUACACAAGUAGAACAAAUGCCUGUGAAGUCGUCCCGGAAGGAUGAGGAUGAGGAUGACGGUCUUCCAGAGACGCUCAACCCAGAUGAAAUCAGGGAUGUCCGUUAUAAGGGGGGUCAUAUCCCCUCCCGCGUCUUCAAGUCCCUGCAGAGGGCCGUAGGGGAUGAUACUCCCGAGAAUCCUAAUGAUCCUCCGACCCAGAAUAAUCACAACCAGACUCCGAGCCAGGGUUCCUCCAGGCCGAAGAUCAAGGUCAUCACCCAGCCUCCCCCGACCGCCAGUGGGGCCACGGAUUUCUAAAAACCGCAAACAGGACUAGUGGUCUAAAGCCUCCUGGUCGCCAUCUUGGAUCCAUUUCAGAUGGACAUCAAAAGGAAAUACUCUCGUCACACAUUUCACCACGUCAAAAGGGUCCUGCGAUAGUGAAUUGCAAGACCAGUUUUGACCACUGGAGGUGAUUUGACCAUCAUCAUGGUGUUCUUCUGUCAUUCUGGAUGUACUGCAGUGGAUGUUCAGGACAAUGCGAACGUCAUCGCCAUUGGUGCUUCUGUCAUUGCCAUUGAAGCUAUACACCUGGUGGUGUACCAUUCUUGGCGCUGGAGAAUGGAUCCGGCAUGGUUCCAUGUUCUGGUGGUGCUGCUGCCGUGGAUUAUGCCAUACCAUUAGUUAAUUGUCACAUGGUGCUUCCUCCUCGAUCUCUAUAUUUUUGUUUUCAUAAAUCCCACAGCCAGUUUAUAUCGGUAAACCUUAUUAAUUAUUCACGGAAGUAAUUCUCUGAUUCACAAAAUACCCAGUGCAGGUAAAAAAUAUAUGAACCAGAGACACCAUGUGCUGUGUUUUGGGUUCGUAUAUCCACUUAAGACUAGACUAGACUCUUCAGACUUGCAUCAUAUUCCAAUAGAGUUCAUUCAGCGCUUUGAACCCAGGCUUUCCCUCCCAGUAUUGGCAUCGAGAUAGACGUACACAUGGAUUACAUCGUCAGAAACGUGCUGUCGGAGACACGCGAUAGAAAUAGGCCUGUAAGGAUGUUUGUGUAUGGGGAGGUAACUCUUCGCGGUUCUGAUGAAAGUGGUGGAUGACAUGAGUGUUUGGAAUAGAUGGGGUUUGUACAUAUUCAGAGGGUUCAUGAUUGAACUAACCCUGAUUUCGCCAGCGUUUGUGUGUUACAACAUAGCAAUAUUAAGAACUAUCAGUCAUCAACAUUUCGCCAAGUGGACAAAUCUAGUUAAAAGAAUAUAUAUUUCGUUCGGUUUGAAGUGAUACGCAAGAUGAACUUAAGAAGAAAGCAGCGGUUUAUAACCAUCCAAUACAUUAACAUGGCGACAACAUUGCCAGAGACAUUUUCGAACCGUCAGUGAAUACAAACUGUAUCAUUUGUGGAUAUGCAAGAAUUAGUGUGCAGUGCAGUAAUUUAAACAGUUAGUACUUCGGUAGCUGUUCUAGUUUGUGAAGCUGUUGAGCUGUGCACAUGUACAUAUGUACGUCGUUUGUACUGCAAUGUCAGGGUGUGUCACGGUGUGUCACGGUGUCUUUCACCUGCCCAGGUGUGUCACACUGUCAUUCAACAAAUGAUUAAUAGUUCCUCAAACCUCUUCGCGCACCAAAACGGGAACCCUCAAAAUGAACAAUAUCUUUAACUAUACUGGUAUACGUGUGGAGUGGUAAAAAGAAAUUGACAUUAUCUUGUGUUCGUAACUUCAGUUAAAGCUACAGCACAAGCACUUUUCGUAAAUCUGAAAAUACAUUGUUCAUAUACCUGUACACAAUUAUAGAUAGAACCCACUACUGGAACCUUGGACAAGGCGUACCAGUCGAUUAUGCCGUUUUGCCGGCACAAUAUUCUUUUUCGAUUGGCGUGUAACAGUACCUUUUAUCGAUUGGUAUGUACUUAUGUAGCGUAUAUAUCGCGUUCUGCCUAUCAAAAGCAUUUGUGUUACAUUUUACAUUUACCAAGCAAUGACUGUGAAACUGUCUCUACAUGUUACUAAUAAUACAUAUGCUCUAACUGUGAUUGUUUACGCAAGUCUGUGUGUCUUGUACAAACCUUUGUGUUGAAUUGUAUCGUUUGCUGUGCCAUAUACCCGUGUAAUCACGUGUACAUAAGGAUUUGUACCUAUCGAACAGCAGCUAGGAUUGAACAACGAUAAUUUAACAUGCACAGUGAAAGCCUUUAUCAAUUGUAAUUUCUGUCUUUUGUCAGCUCGACAAAUCAGGAAACGGCGUUUCUCAGUAAAAUAUGCCACAGCCUUAAGAAUAUUUCUGAGAACCUCUUUCGUUGCAUAUUUGUACCCCAAUACAAUAUAGUGCUUGAGAACGUAUGUAAACUUUGAAAUAAUUAUACAUUAUCCAUAAUACGGGCAGCUGCAAUCAGUACCAUAGCUGCAGUAGACUGUAUAAAUGCAUUCAAUUAAUCUCCGCUUACAGGAAGCAUGCCCUAAGAGAUUAGUUCAGGUUAACUUAUUUUGUUGUGUUUGGGCGCCCUGCUCCCGUGCAGGGAAUGUUACGCAAUCUGUGUGACCGACUAUCCCUGCUUUUUGUUCUAACGGGGAAUAAAGAACGAAAAUUUCA